AUGCCACGUAAAAAAAUGCAAUGUGGUUUUAGGAUCCCUUGGAUCUCAGGUCCUUCCACCGAAUCUCAGUCUCCUCCUCCAAAACAAAAAUCGAAAUCUAUUUCCACUCAUCGACCACCAUUUCGUCCUCCAGGAAUAGCCUCUACCCCACCACAGCCUCCCCCACCUCAGGUAACCCCAAAAACUAAACCUCAACAGGUGUCAAAUUCUCUUCCAUCGUCACACUCUCCAGUACCUGCGGUGACCAUUGAUUCCCCAGUGUCUUCUAUCUUAGAAUCCUCUUCAAUUCCAUCAAAGCCAAAUGUCAAGGAAUUGGAGUUGGAUAGUACUCCGACUCAGAAUUUCAAUGCCCCUUUGGAAACACAAACCAAACCCCACCAGCCUAAAUCCAAUCCCAACCCCAUAGAGAGAAAGAUGAUGUUUGCCACGUCGACUCCUAGCGGGAAAGACACCAUCAAGGUUAUGCCACCAGCUUCAACAUCAGCACAUCCAACGAACAGGAACGUUUCAACCAUACCAUUGUCCGACGAGGAAAAUCCCAGCAAGGAUGAUGACAUUUCAGCUCUCAACCCAACACUGAACAUGGACGACAAAACAGUGAGCGUGGUAACUCUGGCUGGUGACAACAGAGGCGUGACAAUGCACGUGGCGGGUUCUCAAUCAACUAGGCCCAAACCAGAAGAGAAGAAGAGCACGUCCACGGAGAAAGAUGAAUCGGGUAAGACAUACGUCAACAGUAACAUUCAGAGCAUCAACAAUUCGAUCAUGUCGCAUGGUACCAUCAAAGGAAGAGACCCUGGUGUUCGUGUUAUUCUCCCUCAACCUGAUAUAAAAGAACCGUGUUUGGAAAAACCCAAGGCUGAAGUGAGCAUAAACCGGGUAGAGAGGGUGCCUUACGGGCCCGUGGUUCGAAGAAGAUGUCUGAGGGGACUUCUUCUUGAACCGAGUGACUCUGAACCUGAUAACCCUGACAAACCUCGUCGUCAUGGUUGCAAGUUUAGAUGUGGGGACACUUCAAAUGAUAAGGAUUCUGCAAAGAAAUAG